AUGGAUGAAAAUGAAGAAAAACCGAAAAAGAAAACCGGCAGAGCAUGUGAUCAUAUACGGCAAGCACUGAAAAGAUGUCUUAGAGAAUCAGACUGUGUUCAAAAAGAGCACCGUCAAGCACUGGAUUGCUUGCACUCACGUGCUGAUACUGUUCCAGCGCGAUGUUUUCAGUUAUUAGAUGUAUUUGCUCAGUGUAAAUUAUCUCUGAUCGAUAAUCGUUUACGGGCACGAGGACGAAAAUUGGACAUUCCAGAUACAGAAACUUUUCCAGAAUGA